UAAAAGUAAUCUUUGAGGCCGCGCGAGUCAGUCGCACCGCGCGCGUCAUCUCAAACGGACCAAGGUGGAGCGCACUCGUCCGCGACCGUCCUUACAAACAAACGUACAACCACGUCGUCUCAAUGAGUGCGGACGGUGAAUACAUUUCCACGAGCUACAAUAUGAGGAGUAAUACUAAGGCCUCCUUCUGGGAGCAGAGAACGCGGCUUGAAAAGCGGCUGAUGUUGGCCGUGGCCGUAGUGGCUGUACUGGCAGUCGCAUUUUUUGCAGCCUUCCUUGCCACCAUCAUGAUGAGGCCUUCCACGGAUGUCAAUGAUGUUCCUCAAACCAGCGAGCUCCGUUUGCCAGAGAAAUUCCCUCCAGCAGUCAUUGCUAAGAGCGACGAGCCUAAAGUCUGCAAAGAUGCUGACUGCAUUCAUACUGCAUCAAAACUGUUACAAAACAUGGACGAAUCGGCUGAACCGUGCGACGAUUUCUAUGACUUCGCCUGUGGCUCCUUCGUGAAGAACACUCGUAUACCGGACGACAAAACCUCAGUGAACACCUUCUCAAUAAUUACGGAUCAGCUACAGGAACAGAUCCGGUCACUUCUAGAUGCCCCAAUUGUUGCUGAUGAACCCCGCCCCUUCGUUCUGGCGAAGACGUUGUACCAGGCUUGCAUGAAUCGUACUGCUAUCGAAGCGCGUGGCAUUCAACCGCUCACUGACAUGCUUCGGCGUCUUGGGGGCUGGCCCGUGCUAGACGGAGAAAAUUGGGAUGAGAGAUCGUUCUCGUGGGAGGAAUCCGUUUACCGCUUCAGACACGCUGGAUACUCUGUAGACUACUUCCUGGACUUCUCUAUCAGUGUGGAUGUUAAGAACUCUACUAACAGGAUAAUUGAUUUGGACCAAGCAUCUCUAGGUCUCAGUCGGGAGUACUUGAACCGUGGCUUCAAGGACAAGCUAGUCCAGGCCUACUACGAGUAUAUGGUGGAUAUUGCGACACUACUUGGGGCCGAUAGAGCUAGGGCCGAGGUGGAAUUAAAGGAUUCCCUACAGUUCGAAAUUAACUUGGCUAACAUUUCCUUGCCUUUGGAGAAACGUCGUAAUGCUACGAGUCUAUAUAACCCAAUGACAAUUGCUGAAUUACAAGAGAAAUUCCCCAAAAUCCCCUGGCUUACGUAUGUAAACAAACUCCUCGCUCCACACGUUGAAGUUAGCCUAGAUGAAAUUGCUAUCGUCAACGUUCCAAAGUACAUUACAGAUCUGGAGAUUUUGCUAGAAAAGACUCCUAAACGCGUGCAGGCGAAUUAUGUCAUGUGGCGAGUUGCUGGCGCGUCUGUGUCUUAUCUAACUGAAGAGCUUCGUCGGAGGCAGUUAGCUUAUGUGACUGCACUUUCUGGUAAAACUGAACGCGAGAGCCGAUGGAAGGAGUGUGCUGAUACAACCAGUGCUAGUAUGUCGAUUGCAGUCGGUGCACUUUACAUUAGGAAGUACUUUAACGAGAAAUCUAAAUUCAAAGCUUUGGAAAUGGUUGAUGAUAUUAGACAACAGUUCAGCAAAACGCUGUCAGAGGUGGAUUGGAUGGAUAGCAUGACUCGUCAAGCUGCGCUGGAUAAAGCACAAGCCAUGGCGUCACAUAUCGCGUACCCUAACGAACUUCUGGAUGAUGAAAAACUAACAGAGUUCUAUUCAGGCUUGGACAUGUCUUCAGAUAAAUUGAUGGAAUCCGUAUUAAAUCUGACUCUCUUUGGAACUGAAUAUCUCUUUGGCAAGCUUCGUGAACCCGUGAAUAAAACCGACUGGGUCACCCAUGGACGUCCCGCCAUCGUCAAUGCCUUCUACUCAUCCAUCGAGAACAGCAUUCAAUUUCCGGCUGGUAUCCUUCAAGGCAAUUUCUUCUCGGCGAAGCGUCCAGCUUUUAUGAACUACGGAGCUAUUGGCUUUGUUAUUGGACAUGAAAUCACUCAUGGAUUUGAUGACCAGGGGCGACAAUUCGAUAAGAUUGGCAACUUGGUAGACUGGUGGCAGGAGAUUACCAAGCAGAAGUACUUGGAGAAAGCCAAGUGCAUCAUCGACCAAUACUCUAACUACACAGUCAAGGAAGUCAACAUGAAGUUAAAUGGCGUUAACACUCAAGGUGAGAACAUUGCCGACAACGGUGGCAUCAAAGAGGCGUACUACGCGUAUGAGGCCUGGACCCAACGUCACGGUGAAGAGAGUCGGUUGCCUGGACUCGAAAAGUACUCCCCACGACAGAUGUUCUGGUUAAGCGCGGCAAACACCUGGUGCUCGGUCUACCGGAAUGAAGCCAUUAAGAUGCGCAUAACGACUGGCUUCCAUGCACCCGGCCGCUUCCGAGUAAUCGGACCCUUGGCCAACAUGGACGAAUUCGCCAAGGACUUCAACUGCCCACCAGGCUCUCCGAUGAACCCACAGAACAAAUGCAAAGUCUGGUAGAUAGCGGCUUACUAAUGGAGGGAUCUUAAACAUAUUCAAGAGCUGUCUUGAAACAAAACGAACUUAACUAUUAUUAACUUUUAUCCCUAAAACUCUUCUCCAUCACCAUUAAUCGAGGACAACAAUUACUAUUUAUGAAAUAUAUUUUGUCGUUACCUGACAAAGCAAUGUUUCGUCAAUGAUGAAACUGUUUGAUAGCCCUUCAUUUUAAACACCAUUAUAACUUGUUUAAAACAUAUCAGUAGUAUCAUAUGUUGAAAAAACAUAUUAUUUUUUAUAUUCAGACUCAAUGUUAUUCUUCGAUUAACGACAACAGAUAUUUAUAUAUUAUGUACUUAUAAUGUUUAAUAUGGCAUAUAAUCCUAUAAUGUUUUCAUUUAAUAUUCAAAAUUACAAAUAAUAUUGACCGUGCGUACGAAUUGCAUGUAACAAUAAUAACAGUUCAAUCAAAUAUUAUAAAAAUCAAUUGUUAUUGGAUCAACCAAACAUUAAACGGAAAUAAUUCUGUACGGAUUAUAGUUGUAAUAUAUAUAUUAAUAGUUCUACACACACACUACACAUACACAUUGCACAAAUAGAGUGCGUUACUCAUAAGUAUAUUUACUGUAUUUUGAUGUUGGUUUUAAAACGAAAUUGGUGAGAUUUUAGACUGACGAUGGAAAUUGAACGGGUCUCAACUUUAGGCUUGUAUUAUAACAAGUACAAAUAUCACUUUCAUCAUAAGAAAAUCAUUGAAUAAAAAAUUACAAAGGUUAAAUCAACUUCUACUUUUAAGAUACUUCCUAAAGUCCGAUAUAUAAAGUCUAAGUACUGCUUUAUUUAUAUAAAGGCGUAAAAACGAAGAUUAUCUUAUGAAGAAUGAAAAGAACUCUCGUUAUGUUUCUCUCAACAGUCGAUUUUUGAUGUUAGUACUUAAGUACCUUCUAGAACUUAAGAUAUAGUAUUGUUUAUUCAUAUAUUAACAUUUAGACAAUGUAAUUUUAUUGUAGUAGCUCGAAGAUUAAAAAACCUAUAUUUUGAAUCGAAAUACAAUAAUAUUAUUUCAAUAUACUCAACGGAGUAAAGUGUAAAUAUAUGAAUAAAUAUUUGUUUUAGAUAGUAAAGUAGUUAUUUAUUAUGUGUAGCUAAAAAUAGCUUAGCCAAGCUAAAUGUACUUUAUUACUGAAGUCGCUUUUAUUCUGCUUGCAGUCUAUCACUGUAUUUUAUUAAAUUUCAUAUCAGUUAUGGACAUGUUUUGGCAUUGUAUCAUGUACAUUUUAUAAGAAAAAUAUUUCAUAUUCCGAGUUUUGGUAUAAGCAUUAAUAUCUGUAUUUCUAGACGGUACAGUUUAUUAGAAUACAUACGGAGUUUCACAAAUUUGAGCUAGAAGUAACAGUAACCAUUGCAGCUUAGAAUAGAUGAUUCUUGUUCUUUAACUGUAAUAUGUCAAUAGUUUCUUCAAUUUUAUAAUAUCACUUAGUGCCGUGUAUUGCUGAUUCAGAUUAGAAAUGUUACACAUAUUUUUGCACUCUUGUCGAAAUAAUUUUUUUUACGCAUUCAACUUCUAAGUAUUGAUAUUGUUUAUAAUUAAGUUAUAAAUGUAUUAUCUUUUUACGGAAUAAACGUUUUAAUAAAA